AUUUUGGCUUCUAAGAUUAUUAUUCUCAUUUUAAACGGUAGAAGAACAGAUAAGGUUCUUCAUUUGGAUAACUAUUUGAAAUCAAUGAUUAAUUUUUUAGCAAAUAUAAUUCAAGAUGCCAUUCUUCCGUUAUCAGUUAAAUUUGAAGCUUCUAAUGAACAACUUUUUCACCCAGGCAAGAGCAUUUCUAUAGUUGUUUCAGAUUUGAGCUAUAUUCUCAGCUCCAUGUGCUUCACCUUGAAUGGUAACGAGAUAGAUGAAGAGGUUCUCACUCGUCUUGAAUAUUUGUGUAUUCUGAUUGUGUUUUCUGAAGGUAAUUUCAACUCUAAAGGACCAGUUUCUCUUCAAAACUUAAGCAUUUGGGCAACUCAGGUUCUCAUACAAAUACAUAAGGAAUACCCAGAUCAGCGUCAAUUCAUCCUCAAUGAAGUAUUAACUAACUUUGACAAGCUACCCCAUCAAAAAUCGAUUGCCAGGCAAGUGAGAUUACCUAGAGGAGGUAAUGUUCAACUUUUCACAGUACUCUUGAUCAAAUUGAUACAAAGUUUUGAAGUUAAGGAACUAGCUGAUCUUGCAAAAGAAUUCACCAACGUAAAAAAUUCCAACAAGGCAGUACAAAAUACUCUGAUUAAAAAGCAAAACUUAAUUGAGCAGUCGGAUCAAUUAUAUAAUGAAGCUGUUGAUGUUUCUAAUGAAAUUGCCAAUUUCUUUAUCAAAAAGCUAAAUAAUAACCCAGAUCAAAACUAUAAGGCAACAUUUCUAUUAUUUUUGGAUGAUGUAUCAAGCAUGCUUACUUUUCCUGAAUGGCCUGGUCUGGAGACUCUAUUAUGUUCUAUUAUGAAAUCCUUUUUGAUUGUCAUUCAGAGUGGUUCUUAUCCUGCUGUUAUGGAAACAUUCGCCUUAGAAAUGGCCGGCAAAAUUGGCACAAAGUUGCUCGAGCUCAAAAUGGCACAUCCUAAUGUAAACUUGUUGAAUUUUGAUAGCUCUGCAGAGGAAUUCAAUCUCUUGAAAAACAAUUUUUUGGAUACAUUACAGUUCGUGAAAUUGUAUUCUAACAAAUCAAAAGAGUUCGUUUCGGCUUUGAAAAUUUUAGUCUUGAAAUAUAUUUGCAUGUUAAGACCUUUCUUAAUGAACGUGAACAACGAGAAAGAAAAUCAGAUCGCCGCUCUCAAUUCCGAUAAUGACGUAUCUCACCAAGGGCUGCAAAAUACGGCCAUCAUCAAUAGUAUCCUCGAAAAUUUGUUGCAAUUUCUCUCUGAAGACACAAUUGUCAUGAACCAGGCAUUAAAUGCGGAUAAGGACUCUCUGUCUAUUACUUCAUACACCCAGGUUAUAUUAUCCCAGGAGUUAGUUUCCCUUUAUGACAGUUUUACGAAUGUUAUCGUACGCUCGUUGGAUAGUAGCAAAAUUAAAGCGAAAACGAGAGCGGUCAAGAUUCUCUCAUCACUCAUUGAUCAAGAUGCAAGAAUAUUACUUACACCCAAAAUCCAGGAAUCUGUAUCUAAAAGCUUACUUGAUGGCUCUCCUCUUGUUAGAGAUGCUGUCAUUGACUUAAUCAGUAGAUACAUGCUGCUGAAGCCAGAACUUAUUGUUCAAUUCCAUAAAAGACUAUGUGAUAGACUAAAUGAUGAUAGUAUCUCCGUUAGAAGACGUGUUAUGAAGCUAUCCCGAGAAAUGUAUGUCAAUACUAGUGAUCGCAAUGUGCGUGGUCAUAUAGCAAUGCAAAUGUUAAAGAGAUUAGAUGAUGAAGAGGACUCAAUUUCUGCAAUGACGAAACAGUUUUUGUUGGAGUUAUGGUUUGGGCCGGUAAGCGAAAAAAAUGAUUUUAACUUAUAUCUGUCAAUCAUCUCUCGAGUUAAUAUAAUGAUGGAUAUUGCAAGCGUGGGCGGAAAGAGCUCCAAAUAUUUUCUGAUGUUCCUCGUUGAGAAUGUUAUGGAGACUAAAGAAUCUCAAAUCAAAAUUGUUGUCAGUGAAAUAGUAAAUGCAACUUUGGAUUACAUCUUGAAUCUGAUUGAUACUAAAAUCCAAUCAGAAAUAGAGAAAGCCUUGGUAUUAUUAGCAUGUUUUGUUCGUUGCAAUGGAAGUCUUAUAUCCCAAGACCAAUUGGUAUUGCUUCAACCUUACUUAGCUGGCGAAAGAAACUCGUCUGUUUGUUUUUACUGUUUGCAAAUUUUGAAAAAUGUUCUUCCCAAAGUGAACGCUUUGAGACCCGAAUUCGUUGAAUCUACACAGGCAUUUUUAUUACGUAACUUGACAAAGUUCGAUGUUAGAGAACUUAAUCAAGCAAUGCCAUCAGUAUGGUUGCUUUGUAAGAUGCAAAACAAUCCUAUAAAACUAGCAAAUGCGUCUGUUUCUUGUAUGAGAUUGAUCAAGCCUUUUAUGGAUGAAGUGAAGACUGGUGUUUCCCCGAAAGCUGACUUGAAAUUGUUCAAAUUGCUACACUUAUUGGGAUGUUUUGGAAGUUAUUGUGAUUUUGAAAAGAUCAGAGAGGUUUAUAUUAAGGCAAACGUUGGAAUUAAAGGAAAUGAGACUGUUACAAGCUUAAUCACCAAGUUCCUUCUUUUUUUUUGCAAUGGUGAUUUUGAACCGCAAGUUAGAAAUGUUGCAAUUAAAAAUAUUAUUCACGUUUGCACUUAUCAUCCAAAAUUGUUCAUGUCGAAUCCCAUUCUCAAUGUGCUAGAUAGAGAGUUUUCUGGUGAAUGUAUAGAAAUCAAGCACACCAUUAUUCAAGGUAUUAUUUCAUUUUUGAACAAGGAAGAUACAGACUCCCAGAAAAGAAAUGGUGCCGAAGAAAAGUCAUCAAAGGAGAUCAAAUUGGACGUAGCUGUCUUUCACGGUGAUUCUCAAUCGUAUGUAAAUGACGGAAUUUGUGCCGGUAUUAUUCAGCGUUAUGUUGAUAAGAUAUUGUUGUUAUGUAUAAGCGACUCAGGCAAGUUUUCCCUACUUCCUGUACAAUUUUUACAACUAGUACUGAAAUUAGGCUUUGCUAAUCCUAAGGUAUGCAUUGCCACAAUCAUAGCAUUAGAGUCGUCACCGAACGGUUAUAUCAGGAAUAUAGCGAAACAGCUACAUCAGGAGCUCUAUGAGAAGCAUGAAUCUUUGACAGACUCAAGUUAUAUUGAAGGGCUACGUUUGGCAGUUAAGUAUCAACAAAAUGUUGCUACUGGUCUGGUAUUUCAGCAAACUUCCCAUCUUUCAUCUAUAUAUAAAAUUGUUUGUCGAAGUUAUUCCUCUAGGAAGAAGUUUAUAUUUGCUCUUUCCAAAGUGUUUAAAUUUCAAAUUGGUAGGAAUAAUGUGGAAGAAGCUAUUGAACAGAGAAAUCUAGUAAUUUAUACCAUCACUAACCUACUGGAGAUUUUAUUUUCUUCUAUUGAAGAGGUAUUAAUAUUAAUUUAUCAUAUGGAUAAGGCAAUAUCCAGAGAAGGAAUGGACCAAGCUGAAAUUAUAACUAAACAAAAAGAAUUGAGGCCGGAAGCGAUCAAGACAUCGCUUAUUAAUUCACAGGCUUUAUUGGCGAUGCUAAACUUCAGAAGUCAUUUAACAAAUUAUUACAGCAUUACACUUUCUCAAAUUGAGAACUACAGGCCAAAUAGAGCAGAUAUUGAAACAAGACAAGCUCCAAAAGUCAUCACGGUUGUCCCCUUUCAAAUUAAUGAUUUAGAUCUUGAUAUAAACUUGGAAAAAUUGGAACAAUUUGGUGGUCUUUUUGCCAAGUUCGUACAAGCGAUCAAAGAUUAUACUUAAUGAUUAACGAAUAAAAUUAUAUGCUAUUUAUACAUGAAAGUACUGAAAUUUAAUUAGCAAA